AAAUCGUUUGACGCCCACCCCCGUAAGGACAGCCAGGUGCGUCAGCUGGCCUGGGACGGGGACGGGAUCUGGGUGUCCAUCAGACUGGACUCCACCCUCAGGCUGUUCCACGCCCACACCUUCCAGCACCUCCAGGACGUGGACAUCGAGCCCUACGUCAGCAAGAUGCUGGGCACGGGGAAACUAGGCUUCUCAUUCGUGAGGAUCACAGCUCUCAUGGUGUCCUCUAACCGUCUGUGGAUCGGAACUGGAAACGGAGUCAUCAUCUCCAUCCCUCUGACUGACAGCAACAAGGCGACCAAGGCAGCAGGGAACCAGCCAGGCAGUGUGGUGUACAGCGACGACAGCGGAGACAAAGUGACGGCCGGGACCUUUGUUCCGUACUGCUCCAUGGCUCAGGCCCAGCUCUGUUUCCAUGGUCACAGAGACGCUGUCAAGUUCUUCACCGCGGUCCCAGGUCAUGCAGAUCCAUCUGCUUCCUGCGGGGGGGAGGCAGCGGGGGAGAAGACGACAGAUGCCGCGGCUCAGGAAGGAACCAAGUCCAUGUUGGUGAUGAGCGGGGGAGAGGGCUACAUCGACUUCAGGAUGGGUGAUGAGGAUGUUGAGGGGGAGGAGGGGGAGCAGCCGCCCAUGAAGCUGCACCCCUCCCAGGCUAAAGCCGAGCGCAGCCACCUCAUCGUGUGGCAGAUCCUGGACAACGAAGACUGACCCCUGAAGCCUGAUUUGCCUUUUAACUCAAACUCGCUGCCAUGGAGGCGUUCAGGGGGACGACCCCCCCCCCCCUCUUCUGACACGAGUUUAAUCAGCACUUUUUCUUCCUGAACAAUAAGAGUCAAACAAGCAGAGACUGCUCUGAGAGCUGCUCCGUGAACACAUUCACACAAACUGCAUGUUAUUGUUUUAACCAUGAUUUAUUUUUCUUUUAAUCUAAUAUUUUAUAAACUUGAAUCUGUAAUUAUGCCUCUGCCUCUUCUAAUAUUAAUUGAGGUAAAGCUGUAUUUGGAUACAGAACUAUUUGUUUUGUAUUUGCUCCUCAAAUACAACCAUUUCCCCCCGCCUUACAUGUUCAGGUUCCCUUCCCUCUGUUCAGUCUGUGUGCUCAUGCUGGACCCGGCAUGAUGCUAAAUCAUUGGGUCAAACAUUACAAUAAUCACAUGGAGAAAAUCAUUAGAGAUUCUUCAUGAAUCCAAAAUCAUAUUUUAUGUUCAUUUGAAUCCUUUGAGAACUUGGCUUUUGAUUGUAUGCAAGACAAAGUGGAUUGAUUGCCAGGUGUUUCUAGGUCAGGAUUUGUUUUAGUCGGCAACACUUCAGCUUUAAGUAUCUAUUUGAGCAGAACAUGGCCUUGUGUUUAUCCUAAUAUUCAAGAUGUUAUAGUGGUGGACCCAUUUCAAUCCAACAUUACAUUCCAGUCACAGAGCAAAGCCUCAGAUAUUCUGAAAAGUCAACCAGCAAAGUUUUGAUACAGAGGGUUUCUCAGACCCCCUAUCACUCAUCAGGCCAUCUCAAUGAACAAAUGCUCCAUCUCUGCUUUGUAUUGUCAUGUAGCAGCUGCAUGGCUAUGUGGGCCUACUAUCUGAAUAACUAUCGGAUGGAAUGUAUUGCAUGCCUCCCUCAGGAUGAGUUGCAAUAACCUUGGAGUUCCUCUGAUUUAGCAUAAGCUCUACAUUUUAUAUAUUCAAUAACUUAGUUUAUGACAAAAUACAUGUUUUUCAUGCUAUUUACUGUAACAAUAAUGAUCCCUAAACUAGGACGGCUAACAUUACAUUGUCAGAGUAUGCAUGUUAGCAUGCUGACAUUAGCAUUUAGCUCAAAGCACCACUGUGCCUAAGAAGUACAGCUUCACAUAGCUGCUAGCAUAUCUUUACAGAUUUGAAGGACGAGCCACAGGAAUUCUUUUGUAGGCAAUGAUCUUCUUAGCUCUCUGACUCGAGUGUUAUGAUGAUAUAUCAGAGGUACUAACUGGAGGCUCAGUAACUGAGUGUGACUGUUUUGGUUGCAAUGCUUACACAUGUGUAGACUUCAGACUUGUAUUUAAUCCCGUAUUACAUGAGGAUGCUGUCGGUCCUCUGCUCUGUUUAACCAUCAGCUCCAGCUAGUAGACACUUUAAUAAUAUUCCUUAGGUAUCAAGAGUGGAAAGGACUAGGUAACCAAGCUUUUCAAGUGUGAUAAAGUGUUUAUUUUUUCUUGAAAGAAUGUUGCGCUUGCUACCAAAGGAAAUUAAAGAUGAUUAGUUUGCUGAAA